AUGUCUUCAUUAGCUAAAUCUGCUGCCAAUAAAAUUGAAUGGGCCAAGGUUAUAUCCUCUUUGAAAUUGACCGGUAAGACAGCCACAGAAUUGGCUUCUUUUAGAAAGAGAAAUGAAGAAGCCCGUAGAAAGUUAUUUGAAUUAAAACAACAACCAACUGAUGUUGAUUUCAGUCAUUACCGUUCAGUCUUGAAGAAUGGUGAUGUUGUUUCCAAGAUUGAAUCCUACUUUAACUCUUAUAAGCCAGUUACUAUCGAAACCGCCGGCCAAAUCUCUGUUAUUGAGGCUUUCCAGAGCAAGGCCAUUGAAAAUGCCCAAGAAACUGAAAAGGUUGUUGCUAAGGAAUUAAAGGAUUUGCAAGAAACCUUGAGGAACAUCGAAAGUGCAAGACCAUUUGAUGAAUUAACUGUUGACGAAUUAGCCAAAUCUAAACCAGAAAUUGAGGCCAAGGUUGAAGAAAUGGUCAAAAAGGGUAAAUGGGAGGUUCCAGGUUAUGCUUCCAAAUUUGGUGAUUUGAAUGCUAUGUGA